ACCCCACCCACACCCACACCCACACCCACACCCUCUAAUAUAACAAUAGACGGAAAAUUAAUUGAAUGACAUUCGGUACAAACUAGUGGUAAUCUAAUCGAUUUCAUUAUUGAAACAUGUAAAAUAUUAUGUGUUUCGAAUACUGUUGGUGGUAUUGGUUCAAGAUUAUCAAAAGAAGCUGAGUUCAUAGCUACAUUUACAGAAAGAAUAUUUAUACCUUUUAUAUCAUAUAGUGUUACUGAUUCUGAUUUAUCUCAUCGAAAUGCUUAUUCAAAUUUUUAUUGUACAGCUUCUUCAGACAAAAAAAACAACUGCUAGAGCAAUUAUAAAAUUGGUUAAACAAUUUAAUUGGACAUCAUCUAUAGUUAUUUAUCAAAAUCAUGCCUUUAGAAUUCGAGGUGCCAAUGCAAUAAUUGAAGAAUUUAUUAAAAAUAAUUUAACAGUUCGAGAAUCGAUCAUAUUUUAUAUAUCAACACUCAUUAUUCAUGAUAAUUUAAAAAACAAAUUAAUAAAUAGUGGAAAUUGA